UUUUUUUUUUUCUUUUAUUUAUUUAGUACAUAUAAUAAUUAAUAAACAUGUCUACUUUAAUUGAAGAAAAUACAGUUCCAAAGAUUCCUGAUCUUAGUCUUGCUCAUUAUCGUUUCAUAAUUACCCAAGGUCCUGCUGAAUUAAAAGAAGAUGCUAAGACUAAACUUUUUGAAGGCAUCAAAAAUAACAGUAUGUAGAUAACCAAAAGGGAUCAUGAACUAAAUCAAUAUACUAAUGUAUUUUUUUUAAAUAAUAAAACAGACAUGGCAAUUUUUUACAAAACUAUGGUUGAAGAGCUUCAAACAUCUUUUGAUCAAUCUUUAUAUGAUGCUAUGGUUGCAAAGAAUGAAAAACAAUUAAAAAGUUUUGAUGACAAAGCUGCCGAUGCAGAACAGAACCAAGGAGAAACCGAAGUAAAUGAAGCUCUUUUAGCUAAAGCUGAAUACUAUACCAAGAUUGGUGAUAAAGAAAAUGCUUUAGCAAGUUAUGAAAAUUUAUUAAAGAAAUCAAUCACUUUGGGUACACGUAUCGAUAUUAUUUUCACCUUUGUUCGCAUUGGUUUCUUUUAUGGUGAUAAUAACUUAGUUCGUAGCAAUAUUGAAAAACUUCGAGAAUUGAUUGAACAAGGAGGUGAUUGGGAUCGUCGUAACAGAUUAAAGGUUUAUGAAGGUGUUUAUCUUAUGUCUAUUCGUGAUUUCAAAGGAGCUGCAUCUUUGUUUUUAGAUACAUUAAGCACUUUUACUAGCACUGAAAUCAUGUCUUAUCAAGAUUUUGUGAAAUAUGCUGUUUUGACUAGUUUAAUUAGUAUGAAGCGUGUAGAUAUUAAGAAGAAGGUUUUAGAUGCUCCCGAAAUUUUAGAGGUAAUUUCUGAUAUUCCUCAUCUUGAAGAUUUUAUGGCCAGUUUAUACAAUUGCAAAUACGAUCAAUUCUUCCGUUCAUUAGCAGCUAUUGAACAGACACAUUUACGUACAUCACGCUAUCUUUUACCUCAUAUGCGUUAUUAUAUUCGUGAAAUGCGUAUUUUAGCCUACGCUCAAUUACUAGAAAGUUAUAGAUCUUUAACAGUUACCAGUAUGGCUCAGGCAUUUGGUGUGAGUGAAGCAUACAUUGACCAGGAUCUUUAUCGAUUCAUUGCUGCAGGACGUCUUAAUUGUGUAAUUGAUAAAGUGAAUGGCAUUAUUGAAACAAACAGACCUGAUGCAAAGAAUGCUCAAUAUCAAGCUGUCAUUAAGCAGGGCGAUGUCUUAUUGAAUAGAAUUCAAAAAUUAAGCCGAGUUAUUGAUGUUUAAAAAAAAAAAAAAGAAUGAUUUUUUUCUCUAUAAAUAAAUAUUAC